UUUAUUUUCUUUUUCUGUAGUUAAAUAAAAUAAUAAUAAAAGUUCUGAAAAAAUGUCUAAAUACGCUGAUUUAAUUAAACUUGGCACACAAUAUGCCCGUCGAAUGGAUUUCUUGUCAAAUCGUAUAUUCGGCGAAGUGGCUCGCACAACAAAUGACAAAUCCAUGAAGGUUGUCCGAAUGUACAGCGAAGAACCGAUUCACAUGCGUGAUUACGUCAAGAAUUGGUAUCCCCGGCAUGUGGAGACACAUCUGCUGAUGAAACAAUUGAGAUGGUAUGGCCUUUUCCGAGAUGAACAUCAAGAUUUCAAACAGGAAAUGAAGAGAUUGCGACGACUUCGAGGAAAAGCUCCACCAAAGAAGGGUGAAGGCAAACGUGCUUCGAAAAAAUAAAAGAAAA